AUGGAAGAGAAAAAGAAACGUUGUCAACCCCGAUGGGUCUCGCCCGAAUGCCGGGAAGUGCCGUUGAAGCUGUACAACUCCCUGACCAGGGACAAGGAGAUCUUCGUUCCUCAGAACGGCGGCCGGCGUGUCACUUGGUAUAACUGCGGCCCGACCGUGUACGAUGCGUCACACAUGGGCCAUGCUCGGUCGUACAUCUCAUUCGACAUAAUCCGCAGAGUUCUCAGUAGUUAUUUCGGAUACGAUGUGUUCUACGUGAUGAACAUCACCGAUAUCGAUGACAAGAUUAUCAGACGUGCCCGGCAGAACUUUCUUUUCGAACAGUACCGCGCAGCCCCCAAUAGUUCGAGUACAGUUGUUGGGGAUGGAAAAAUCGCCGUGGAAAAACUCCGUCAGAAAAUUUUACAAGAAGAAGACAAGGAUAAGAAAGCUAUGCUCGAGAGAUUGGUAUCAGCUGCCGACGAAGCCUUAGCGAACCCAGCUGACGAAACUGCUCUGUGGACCGCGCUCAAAGAUCCGCUUGCAGACUGGCUAGAUUCGAAGAUGGGUUCUACGGUCACCGAUCACUCGAUAUUCAACAAGUUGUCCAGGCAUUUCGAAGAAGAAUAUUUUGCAGACAUGAAAGCUCUGAAUGUCCUCCCACCGGAUGUCGUCACCAGGGUGUCGGAAUACGUUCCAGAAAUCGUUGAAUACGUCGAGAAGAUCAUCGCGCAGGGUUUCGCCUACGAGUACCAGGGCUCGGUCUACUUCGAUACGAAUAAGUUCGACAAGUCCAAUGGCCAUUUCUACGCCAAACUCCUCCCGGAAGCAUUCGGAGACGAGAAGGCUCUUCAAGAAGGCGAGGGAGAUCUCUGUCAAGGUGCUCAGAAAAAGAGCGCUUCAGAUUUCGCUCUGUGGAAGGCAUCGAAACCCGGCGAGCCGGAGUGGGAUUCGCCCUGGGGCAAGGGUCGCCCGGGAUGGCACAUCGAAUGCUCGGUCAUGGCUUCGGCUUUGCUCGGCGAGAGCAUGGACAUACAUUCUGGAGGUUACGAUCUGAAGUUCCCUCACCAUGAUAACGAGAUCGCGCAGUCCGAGGCGUAUUUCGGUAACGAUAAUUGGGUCCGAUACUUUCUACAUUCGGGCCAUCUUACAAUCUCUGGUUGCAAAAUGUCGAAGUCGUUGAAGAACUUCGUUUCUAUAAAAGACGCGUUGAAAAAGAACACGGCGCGUCAACUUCGAUUGGCAUUUCUGCUCCACCAAUGGAAAGACACAUUGGACUACAGUGAAAACACGAUGGAGAUCGCGAUGCAAUAUGAAAAAGUUUUCAACGAGUUUUUCCUAUCGGUCAAGGACGUCCUUCGCGUGUCAGGCAACACGGCCACCGAAUCGUUCCUCAAGUGGACUAAGGACGAAUCGCAAUUGAACCUCGUAUUCCAAAAUUCUAGACAAAAUGUACAUUCUGCCCUCUGUGAUAAUAUUGAUACUCGGAGCGCGUUGGACGCUCUGAGGGAAUCUGUGUCAGCUGCAAACGUGUACAUGCGUGAGAAAAAAGCAGCCAAGACGCCUCUGAACGCCGUUCUCCUGAGGAGCAUCGCUUCGUACUCCACGUACAUCCUUCGCGUGUUCGGCGCGAUUGAGACUCCGGACUCUAUCGGAUUUCCGACAGGGUCUGGAGGAGACUGCGACAGCGUCGAGGCUCUAGUCACCCCGUACUUGACAACUCUUUCCGAUUUCCGUGACGAGGUCCGUACCUUGGCGCGUGAGACGAAGCAAUUGGACAUUCUGAAAGUUUGUGACGCACUUCGCGAUGAUGUCCUGCCGGAGCUGGGAGUUCGUCUGGAGGACCAUGAAGGUCAGCCGACCGUGGUCAAGCUCAGUGACAGAGAAACGCUCCUGAGGGAAAAGCAAGCCAAAUUGAAAGCAGAGGAGAAGAGGCGUCUCGAGAAGGAAGCCAAGAAGCAAGAGAAAGCUGCCGCAGACGCUGAAAAGGAUCGCAUUCGGAGAAUAGCUCCCCAGGAUCUAUUCAAGAGUGAGACGGAUAAGUACAGCGCUUUCGACGAAACAGGUCUACCUACCCAUGACGCUGCAGGCAAAGAAGUGAGCAAAGGUCUGCAGAAGAAGUUGAAGAAAAUUCAGCAAGCUCAUGAAAAGAAACACCAGGAAUUCCUCGCUGAGCAGGGCUCCAGGGCGUCUUGA